AUGAAGUGGUUCCUGGCGCUCAGCCUUGUGGCUUCCGUCCUUGCCAUCACCACCAGGAGAUGGACACGAGUCCAUGGGACGGAGAGUGGUGGGAACCCCAUCCGGAAGGUGGUCAGGAUGAUGGAAAAGAUGUCGUCGAAAAUUGAGAAGGAGGCCGAGAAGGAAGAGGAUUUGUAUGACAAGUUCUCUUGCUAUUGCAAGAAGACCAUCGCCGAGCUCGAAAAGAGCAUCCAGGAGGCGGAGCAGAGCCCCAUCUCUCAAGCGGACAUCGAUGCCAAGAAGUCUCAGAUUGUGUCGCUUCAGCAGGAGGUGGCGAAGCUGAAGGAGGACCGCCUGGCGGAGGAGGAGUCUCUGAAGGCCGCGGAGGCGCAGCGCUCCAAGGAGCACGCCAACUUCGUGGAGGAGGUCACGGAGGAGAAGGCGGUGGUGCAAUCCGUGGAUCAGGCCAGCGCCGCGUUGAAAGGGAACUCCUUCUUGCAGACCAACUCCUCGCAGGUCUCUCGAGUCUUGCGGGCUGUGCAGAGCAAUCUGCGCCUGGACACCUCGUCCAAGAAUCGGCUCGCCGCCUUUCUGUCUGGAGAGCAAAGCGCGGAUCCCGGAUACGUGGCGGGUAUGCUGGAGGGCCUCAAGGAGGACACGGAGGCGGAGAUCCAGACGGAGACGAAGACGGAGGACCAAGCACUGGAGACCUUCCAAGGCGUCGAGACCUCCAAGAAGACGGAGAUCUCUGCCUUGCUCAACACCUUCCAGCGCAAGAUGAGCCUCAUCGGCGAGCUCAAAGUGCAGGUCGUCAACAUGGAGCGCGAGAUGGAUGAGCAAGGCGAUUCUAUUGAGGACGACAAGAAGAUGCUGGCGGAGCUGCAGAAGAGCUGCGGCGCCAAGGCCAAGGACUGGGAGCUGCGCAAGGCGGCGCGGGCUGAGGAGCUGGUGGCUCUGCAGGACACCAUCAAAAUGCUGAAUUCGGACGAGUCCCUAGACCUCUUCCGCAACAAGAGCCCGGCAUUGAUCCAGCUGUCCAGCAACAGGGAGCAGGUUCGCCGGCAGGCCGUGAAGAUUCUGUCCUCAAAGGACUCCCGGCCCGAGCUGAACUUUUUGGCCCUGGCGCUGACCGGCCGCAAGGCGGACUUCACCAAAGUCCUGGAGAAGAUCGACGGCAUGGUGACUUUGCUGAAGCAGGAGGCGGCGGAGGACGAGCAGAAGCAGCAGUACUGCGAGAAGGAGUUCCGUACCGCGGAGGCCAAGGGCAAGACCUUGGCGCAGAAGGCGGAGACCUUGGCCGCCUCCGUGGCCGAGAAGAAGGACGUUGUCGCGAAGCUGAGGGCGGAUCUGGUGGCCCUGAAGGAGGGCGUCGUGGCUCUGGACGCCUCCGUGGCCAAAGCCUCGGAGAACCGAAGGGCGGAGCACGCGGAGUUCCAGGAGAGCAUGUCCUCAAACUCCGCCGCCCUGGAGCUCUUGUCUUUGGCACGGAAUCGGCUCAACAAGGUCUACAACCCCAGCAUGUUUGUGGCCACAACCACGAAGAGCCCCUACGACCCCUACGCCAUGCUUCAGUCCUUCCUCCAGCUGAACAGCGUGCAGGCCGCACCGGCCACCUUCGAGGGCGAUUACCAGAAGAAGACCCAGGAGAGCAACGGAGUGCUGAAGAUGAUCGACACCUUGGCAGCCGACUUGGACAAAGAGAUGGCUGUGGCCAAGACCGAAGAGUCUGACGCCCAGGCCGACUACGAGGAGACUGUCCAGGACGCUGCCAAGAAGCGCGAGGCCGACAUGACGCUGGCCACACAGAAGACGCAGGACAAGGCGGAGCUGGAGACUGACAUGAACUCCGACAAGAAAGACAUGAAGGACAAGGAGCAAGAGAUCAGCACGGCUGCCAAGUAUGUCGAAGACCUCCAUGGCGAGUGCGACUGGCUGCUGAAGAACUUUGACCUCCGCGCCUCCGCACGCUCCGAAGAGAAGGAUAGCCUGAUCCGCGCCAAGACGGUGUUGUCUGGCAUGUCUGGCGAGGUGAAGCCGAGCGAGUCUUUGCCCAGCGUGGCCAGUGCCCCGGCCUUGGCUGGGCGUGCGAGCCCUACAGGCUCCGUGCCGUUGCUUGGGCCCUUGGCUGCGUCUGGCUCAGGCGCUGGAGGGGUGAAAGAGAGCUUCGAGGCGACGAGCGUUUGCUUGCAGCGGGUCUUCAACGAGUCCAACACGAAGGCAGAGGCCACCAAGUCCUUGAGCACGGUGGUCAUGAUCCUGGGCAACUUCCUGAAAGAUCCCAACUCCGAGCGCAACCGCAAGGUGAACACCUCGGGGGCGCGCUUCGCGGAGAUCUUCGGGAACAACUCGGCGGCCGCGGAGCUCCUGAAGCUGGCGGGCUUCCAGUAUCAGCAUCCGAACUUCGUGUGCGAGAGCGGGCAGGGCACAGAAGCUGCGCAGCGCACCUUGGAGCUGACGCAGGAUGCCCAACGGAACCUGGAGCAAAACUGGGCCUCGCGCUCCGGCGCCAGCGGCGCGAGCGCCGGAGCCGCGAGCGCGAGCGGAGCUGCCGCCAGCGGAGGCGCGAGCGGAGCGGCCGCGAGCCCUGAAGUGGCGACGACUCCGGCGCCAACAGCCCAAGCUGCUCGGCCUUGGGCGAAGGCGCCGCCCGGCACGCCGGCGCCCUGGCUGAGCAUGACGCGAGACAUUAGCGAGGAGCCGCAGCCGGUGCAAGUACCGGUGCAGCCGGUGCAGCCAGUGCAGCCGGUGCAGCCCAUGCAACCCGCGCCCGCCCCGGCCCACCCAGCAGAGACGCUGCCGCCGGCCAUCGCCCACCCCGCAGAGUCGCAGAGUCAGCAGAGUCAGCAGAGCCCAGCGCCGCAACCCACACCCAGCGCGCCCCAAACGCAGCACUUGCCCAUUGCCCAUCCUGCAGAGGCUUCCGUGGUGGCUCACCCUGCGGAAGCCAUGGCGCCCGAGGAGGAGGUCUCCGAGCCGCAAAGCGGUGGAUGA